GAAGAUCUCCUUAGUCUUUACUUUUUAUGUUGGGUGGUAAAAGAGGACUCCCACUGUCCUACCAGCUACCAUCCUGUGUUCAUUAUCUUUCUCCAUUUUUUUCACAGCUCUGUUUCCUGGAACUAUCAUGGCUUCUUGAAACCCUAAUAACUGAAUUCCUACUUAAUCCUUCUGUAAUUAUUUGACCUCGGUCCAAUUGCACUCGGAUACGUGUUUCGCCCUCAUUCUCUCAAACCUGGGGAAGUGGCGAUGGCUGUAUUGAAGGUAGAGAGGGUGGCUGAAUUACCGCCGUUGCAAUCUCUGCCGGUGGGGUACCGGUUCCGGCCGACGGAUGUGGAGCUGGUUGAUCACUACUUGAAGAUGAAGAUCACCGGCUCAGAAGCAGAGGUCUGUGUGAUUCGCGAGGUUGAUAUCUGUAAACAUGAGCCCUGGGAUUUGCCUGAUAUGUCAGUAGUUGAAUCACAUGACAAUGAAUGGUUCUUCUUCUGUCCUAAAGAUCGGAAGUACCAAAAUGGACAGCGGUUGAAUCGAGCAACAGAGCGAGGGUACUGGAAGGCAACUGGUAAAGACAGGACCAUAUCUUCUAGGAAGGGCAAAAAGGUUGGGAUGAAGAAGACUUUAGUUUACUACACAGGCCGAGCUCCUGAAGGAAAGAGGACUCAUUGGGUGAUCCACGAAUAUCGUGCAACCGAGAAAGCAUUUGAUGGAACACUCCCUGGGCAGGCUCCCUUUGUGCUGUGCAGAUUAUUUAAGAAGCCCGAGUUAAAACAGGAUGGUUGUGCUGAAGCUUCAAACUCCGAUGAGGUGAGGUCACUUGCUGAAGAGGAGCCUUGCGAAGGUGUUACUCCUAUGAUUAUGUCACAGCACAUCAUCACACAUCCAUUAACACCAGAGAAGAGUUCUGUGGAUGAAGCUCCCAGUGGUGCUAUUUUCGCUAUUGAUAGUAACAGUAAUAGUUGUAUUGCUGACAGUAAAGAAGAUCAAGUACUUGACAUUACCUCUUUUCCAGCCGAUCCUGAGCUUGAAGCAUUGAAGUACAUUUGCGACCCUUCAGCAGAGCCCAUAUUUUCUCCCCCAUAUACAAUGCCGGAGUUUGGAUCUGCCUACAACUUAUAUGGAGAUGUCACAAAUGGCAUUAUUAUGAAUAAUAAUGAUAUCCAGUUUCUGUAUGGAACUAAGGUAUUUGACCCAAAUGAGUUUUUGAACAUGGCUCCCCCGCCUGCCCUUGUCAGCUCAGAUGGUGAAUCUGAAGCAGAAGUUACUCAGCAGCUUGAAAAUGGAAGCUUUCUUCAGACUGAGGUAGUUGGUUUCCAAAAUGAGCUGUUUGCGCCAAAUAAUCAGGAGGCAAUACCUCCAAGACAGGUUAAUUACAUUGCUAAUCCAUAUUUUGGCACGUACACUACCCCCACCAUCGGUUCUGAUAACGAGAACUGGAAUCUAGAUCUUGUCAACAAUAAUUAUUAUGAAGAUGGUGCUUUGUCUUCAGUCUGUAGUGGAAUUGGGGUGCCUGAAAUGGUUUACUGCCAACCAGAGAGUGCUGCUAAUAACGGUGGCAUUUCUAGACCUAGAAUAAAAGUAAGGUCCCGGCAGGUACAGAAUCAACAAGGUGAUCAACAGACAACCGGGCAAGGAUGUGCUCCUCGGAGAAUCCGUUUCCAAAAGAAAGUUCAUGUUGUACCAGUUCAAUGUCUCCGGCCUAGAGAUUCAGAUCAGGCAGAGAGUGCACACUCAGAGAUAACUAAUGAUAACACAAGUUCGAGAGAAGAAGCUUGUACUGCCACCAAGGUGAAGAAUGUAAUCUUUGAAGGCUGCAGGAAAGACAACCAAGGAGCGGCUGGAAGCACAAAAGCUAGAGAUGGAAGGAUGUUAUUUACACGAUUGCGCUCAGCUUCAUCUGCUACUUUCAUGCCCAAUCUACUUGUGGCUGCAAGCCUGCUUGUGGUUCUUGUUAGUGGCUUGGUAUGCUUUUGCCUUUAGAGUUAGGUCUAAAAAAAGAAGAAAAACAGUUGGAAGAAUGCUAUCGGCAGUGUACCGGAAUCUGAAUUAACCUUGUGCAUCAGUCCUAGUGUAGCGCGAGUCAGCCAAUAUUUGAACAGAGCUUGGCAGAGAUGCUUGUGUAAUGUAACCGUAGAUAAUUCUUUUUUUUUUUUACGAAGUGAUGUGUUUUUGUAUUUUUGGUUCAUUUCGGGGUCGAAUACAGGUUAAUAGUUGGAGUGUGUGUUUUGAUAUAUGCUCUCUUCUUUUAGCCUUUCUUUUAAAGUGGAAUGUGGAGUUUGAAGUUGGAGUAUCGUAAAUGAAACUUGGAUUAAAAU